AGAAAUUCUACGGUCCAUGGUCAAAAAACCCUUCAUAAAUAUAUAACCACCACCCACACAGAGAGAGAUCGGAGAGAUCGAGAGAAGAAACGUUUCUCUUGUUUUGUUGUAAUCUCCGUCCCCUUUUGUUGAUCGUCUCCAAGUUUGGUGGUGAAUCUAGCUAGACAUGGCUGCCGCGAAGCUCGUGGCUUUGUUACUUCUUGCCUCUCUUUUCACCACCACUGUCUUCGCCGAUGCUGGAAUCGGCAGUGAUGAGCCGGAGAUUAUUGACGCCGCUGGAUCCGACGGCUCCUCUAAGAUCCAGCUCGAUCAGCUUAACGCUAAGAUCCGUUCCCUUGAAUCCCAAAUCGAUGAGAAUACCCGUGAAGUUAAGGUCAAAGACGACUUAGUAGCAGAGAAGGAGAAACUUCUCAAAGAAAAAGAAGACAAGAUUGCUUCCUUGCAGACGGAAGUCUCAUCACUACAAGGAUCAUCAGAUUCUGCAAAACAGUUGGGAAAGGCUCAAGCACGAGUUGUUGAAUUAGAGAAGCAGGUAGAGGUACUCAGGAACUUCUUGGAGCAAAAAAACAAGGAGAAAGCUUCCACAGAAGCUCGGACUAAUGAAGCUGAGAAAAAACUAAGUGAACUAAACUCGAGCCUAGACAAACUUCAGAAGGUAAACGAAGAGCAGAAGAACAAAAUAGGCAAACUUGAACGUGCUAUUAAGAUAGCUGAGGAAGAAAUGUUGAGGACAAAGCUUGAAGCAACCUCAAAGACCAAGGAACUUCUAAAGGCUCAUGGUUCGUGGCUUCCCCCUUGGCUUGCUGUUCACUGGUUUAAUUUUCAGACUUAUGCCGAUACACAUUGGGAGGCCCACGGGAAACCCGCUGUGGAGACAGUAAUUCUAAAGGUGUCAGAAGCUAAGGUUCAAGCUCAGAAGUGGGCUGAACCACAUGUGGAAAACGUUAAAACUAAAUAUAUUCCAGCCGUUAAGGAAACUGUUGCUACUCAUGUUCAGCCACACGUUCGAACACUAUCCAUCAAAGCUAAAGAGUGUUACCAGGCAUCCAAGAAUGCUGUUUCCCCUCACAUUGUCACGGUUCAAGAACUUGUAGACCCUUAUUAUCAGGAGGCCAAAAAGUUUAGCAAGCCAUACGUUGACCAAGUGGCAACGGCCACAAAACCACAUGUUGAUAAAAUUAAGGUUGCCAUGAAACCUUACACAACCAAGGUGAUCAUCGUUUAUACAGAGUUCCUUGAAACCGCCACGACUUAUCACCAUCAGGUUCAAGCCCAUGUUGAACAAAAACUAAAGAGCCAUGAGCUGUCGGAGGCUUUUGCUACCAAUGAAUUUGUUUGGUUUGCGGCGUCUGCGUUGUUGGCGUUACCCAUCUUCUUGGCGUACAAAGUGCUCUCUUCCCUCUUCUGCACAAAGACAAAGAAACCUGUUAAACACCCUCAUCACCAUGGUCGUCGUAAGACCAAAAGGGGUCACACUGACAAGUGAAAUUCAUUGUUUCAGUUCUUUUACAGAGAAGAAUAGACAUUACUAGAGAAAAUCUAGCAAAGCUUGUGUAUUUUAGUGUAUUUUUCCAUUUCACGUGGAUAUAUUGGGAUUUUUCUUUCACACUGUUCUUCUUUUCAAUUUAUCGUUUAGCAUGAUGUUUUUUUCUGAAACAAAACUCUUUUUGUUUAGUCUGAAUCCUUUAUAGACAAUAUUUGUCUUUACUAAGUCUUAAUAUUAAAGCUUCACCAAAGAGUGGAAACAAAAUUGUUGUAGAUUA